UUGGCUGAGAAGAAGAAAAAAGGGAUGUCUUCCCAAGAGCUGUUAAGAGAUGACUUGAACCUCAAUAGCAACUUGGCUGAUGAAGACAAUUGGUACAUAUAUGAACCAAUAGGAAGCUCCAACGACAUAGCUUCCGACGGUAUUGCUGAUUGCCAACUUACUAUCCCUUUCGAUCUCUAUCAUUCCUGCAUGGCUCCAAUUUCAUUAGUCAUCCUCUUGAUUCUCUCGCUGCUGGUGAAAAGGAAGAAAUGCUACCCAAAUUGCUGGAAUGGAGCACCUGGACUGUUGAGCCCUGUGAAUUUCUUGGAAGAAGUGCAGAACAAAGGAUUGGCCAUUGUGGUUUUUGGCAUUCUCUUCUCUUCAUUAUGCGUGCUGAUGCUGGAUAAUAACCCCCUGCCUUUCAUCUCCAACUCCUCAAUACAGAACCGAGAAUACUGGAAGAUGCUGGCCUUACUCUAUUAUCCUGCCUUCUACUAUCCCUUACUUGCAUGUGCGACUGUCCGGCACCGAGUUGGGUACCUCCUUGGCUGCCUGCUGUCCUGGUGCCACUGUGUGCUCUCUGUCUGGCAGAAGGUGGAAUGCCCUCAGUCACCCAAGAUUUAUAGAUAUUAUUCCCUGCUUUCUUACCUUCCCAUCAUUCUGUGCCUUGCCAUGCUGAGCCUUUGGUAUCCUAUGAAACUGGUUGAGAGCUUCAAAGGGAAUGCCAAGACGGGGGCGGAAAAGGUUCCAGGCAGUAGCUAUUAUCAAGAAUAUCUGAAGCACAUCCUGGCUAAAAGAACACCGAAGAAAAGCCCCAGUGGAGUGAAGCUAAGCAUGCUUUCAAGUCUCCGGUCUUACCUGCGUUCAUUUGUAUACACACCCCAGGAAGGCUUCCAGAUCCCACUGAAGCUGGCCCUCUCUCUAGCCAUGGCUGUGAUAGCUGUCUACCAGGUGGCCCUUCUUCUACUUGCAUCAUUCAUCCCCAACAUCCAAAUCAUAAGAUAUGGGAUGACAAAAGAAAUGACAGCCCUCUUUGUCCAGUUUGGCAUAAUCCCCUCUGAAAAACCUGCCAGUGUCCCUGGAGACAAAGAGGUGGCAACAGCUAAGCACUACAUCUGGUCACUGGAAGUGUGCUUCAUCUCUUCCCUGGUCCUCUCCUGCUUGUUGACUUUCUGCAUGUUAAUGAAGUCCCUGGGAAACCACAGGACUAAUCUCCAGUGUCUCUACCGAGGGGCUGUUGAAAAUGUUUUCUAUCGUUCCUGUAAACUCCAGCCUUCCCAGCAGUCUCUCAUAUGCUGGAUGUAUUUUGUGGGUUUCCAGAUAUCAUUUGCCUGCCUAGCUCUGCUCAUCCAACAUGUUGUCUUCUUCAUUUGCAUCAUGAGUUUUACUUUCCUGAUAGCUAUCCCGCUGCAGUCUGGCACCAACAUGCAUCUUUUCAAAAUUGUGGUGAACAUGUGGCCCUUCUGGCUGACCCUGGGGGUUUCUGGGAUUGCCCAGAACCUGCUGGCUCACUACUACUUUCUGGAGCGGGACCAUCUUCCCAGAGAGCUGACCAACAGGCGAGCCCUUUACAUUGUGACAUACAUGUUUUUCCCCAUCAACGUGCUCCUGGGCUUAUUGGCAGGGAUCUGGAGGAUGGUGGUGUCGAUGCUUUAUAACGUCAUUCAUUUCUGCCAGCUGGAUGGGAGUCUCCUGAGCCGUGGCGUCGAGGGCUUUGAUCCAGGCUACCGCACUUACUGCCAAUAUUUGAAAAUUGAGGUCAGCCAAUCCCACCCAGUAAUGAGAGCCUUUUGCCUCUUGCUUCUCCAUCGGCAUGGCCCCCCAAAGAUGCAGAGCCACCCAUCCAGAGAUGCAGAAGCAGGAAUCAAGCUCAUGAAGACCACAGGUUCGGCACCUAAAGCAUCAAAGGGCCAACAGAACCGGGUCCGAUGGGGCCUGGCGUAUACCCUCCUCAACAACCCUUCCCUGGUGCCCUACCGAAAAGGGGCCCUUGUGGAUGCCACAGCUAACGGGACAAAAGCCAGCAUCACAAAGCCUUGAUGGAACUAGCAGGGUUUCUUGGAAGCCAUGAAUGCCCAUCACUGGAUGAUGGAUGGAUUCCACCAUGAGUUUUCAUCUGGGGUUCUUCAACUUCUUCCCCAUGCCUCUCUCAGGCCUAUGCAUCCACCCUGACCUGUUUGUAGACUUAGAAGAUGACAGAGGCUUAGUUGCCCUCCCUUCAUUUCCCCACCCCACCCUCCAGACAAACAGUCCUUGAUGGGCAUGAAGCACAAGCAAGCCUCUGAACUGACCCCCAACUGGUCUUUUUCUGUCUAUAACAAGAUGUUCCUUAGCAUGUGCCCUCCUCUUUUUUUUUAAUAUGGGAAACCUGGCACUGCUGCCCUUCAACUUUCUCAGGUUUCCAGGCCUCCUGAAGUGAAGGGCACAUCCUAAAUCUUGGAGGCUCACUUUUAGGAAGAAAGAAAGCCAAUGUUGCAGGUUUACAAGUCUGGGUUAAAAGCAGCACAGGGACUGGAGCAGUCCCAAAAUAGGGAUGUGAGGGCUUUGCAAAUGUGAGUAAUGGGUUCUUUUUGAAUGUUGGGAUGGGUGGUGUGUGAGAGGGAGAAUUUAUAUAAAUGCAUUGACAGACUGCCUUAUCUUGUUCAGUCUUUUGAAUUCCCACUUACACUGUUUCAGGCUGUCUGGAUGUUUAACAGCACUGUUGCCAUUUCUCAAUGGGAUU